GCUGAAGGAGCGUUGGGAAGAACAGGCCGUAGGCGACGAAGAUGUACGGAAGGAAUAUUGGCAAGAGCUCAAAGAAACGCUUGCACGUGAGGAGAUCCAGGUGCGACAGCAAAAUGGGCGCCUGGCCGAUCAGCAGCUGUCCGAGGGCUUAAAGCUUUGGCAGGACUGGCUUGACAACACAGAAGGAACCGUGGAAGAAGGUGAACAUGUUUCAACAGAGUUGGGGAAACUUUUGGACCGGCUGCCGAGUAGCACUGUGACCCGCGGUGGGCGUUCAGCAAUUGAGGCAGCGGCGCGGCGCGUGGCCGCUGCGCGUAGCACGGUGAGCACCACUGUGGAACAAUCUGCUGAAGCGCAGCGCUUGGCCGUGGCCCGCACUGAGGAGGCGGCCAAGUUGGAAGGCGCCGUGCGCAGUGAGUUGGAAGCGGCCAAGGCCUCCAUUAAGGAUGCCAUGGAACGCUACCGAGCAGCUGGGAAGGACAAGGAGGCCAAGACGAUGGAGCUCCAGGGCAAGACUUCAGAGUUGGAAGACGGCCAGAAGCAGCUGAUGUCCGUGGCAGUGGAGUUGGAGGAGGCCACCCUGCGUUUGGCGGAGCUCAAGGCCGGGCUCAGAGCGGGCGAGGAGCGCGAGCUGAGUUUGCAGCAGGAGUUGGAAGCCACACGCGCGCUGGCGGCCAAGACCUCUGCAGAGCAUUUGGCAAGUCAGCGAUCCAACGAAGCGGCGGCGGAGGCCGCAUCUCUACAGACACUCCAGCUACAGGAGGAGCUCCGAGAGGCGCAGGGGGAAGUCCAACGACAGAAAGAGCUCCUGGAGGAAGAACGGCAAAUGCUGCAGUUGGAACGUGAUGGCCACCACGAGAAGCACCACACCCUGCUGCAGGAGCUCCACACAGAGCUUCACCAUGAGCGUCAGCAGUUGACCGCAGCACAUGACAACUGCCACACGGAGCAUCAGCAGAUGUUGUGCAGUGCCCGGCAAGAGUUGGAAGAAGAACGAAAGAAGCACUCUGAAAGCAAGGAAGGUACCAAGGGCCUGUUGCUGCAGCACGUGCGGCACAUUGGCACGCUGGAGGGCAAGGUCACAGGGCUCAACACCGAAGCGAACUUCCUGAAGGGUCGCAUCAGCGAGCUGCAGGUGAUUCUUCAAGAGUCUGAGGCGCACAUGGUGAAGCAGGGCCAGGGAAUCGCCGUGCUGAAGAAAGAGUUGGAAAAGGCCAAGUUGGAGUCCGGCCGUGCCAAGUCUGAAGGCGAAGAGAGGCGCAUUCACCAGACUCUCAAUGUGCCAUGCUCCCGGCGCAUUGCAGUGGCACUGGUGGGGGCAGGCACCUUUGCACGCAAGGCCCACCUGCCAUCGCUGCAAAGUGCCAGCGAUUGCUUCGAGCUGGUGGCAAUUUGGAGUCGUUCGCGACAAGCUGCAGAGGCACUUCAAGUCGAGGAUCGCCACUUGCAGAUCCUAUACGGUGAGGAGGGUUGGAGGCGACUACUGUCUGCAAAUUUGUCUGGCGUUGCUUUGGAGAUGUUGGAUUUGGUGCUGCCUUUCCCUCAGCAAAGUCGCUUCAUCCGAGAAGCUCUGGAGCACGGUUUGGCCAUCGUGUCGGAGAAACCCAUUGCAGCCAGCAGCCGCGAAGCCAAAGACUUGAUGAAGUUGGCUCAGCGCCGCUGGUUUGUGGCCGAAAAUUGGAGGUUCGAGCCAUCCUUUCGCAUUGCCGCUGCAGUGCUGUCUUCGAAAAUCUUGGGGCCCGCGUUGGCGUUCACUGGGAGUUCUUUAGGCUUCAUGCCGUCGGAGGUUUCCUACAUGCAGCCGGGCACGUGGCGCAUGUCCCAAGAUAGCAAUUGGAUCGUCGAUGUGGGCGUGCACUUUGCUGCAGCCCUGCGCUUGACAUUGGGAGACGUGGAAGUUGUUCAAGCCCUGCAUCGCCGCAUCCGUCCCGAGCUGCAGCCCUUCGAUAGCUUUGCCGCGCUGCUGCGGGCGCCGUCGGAUGCCAUCGGCACUUGGAUCUUCUCUUUGAGCGUGCCCAAACCACGUCCUCGAGAGAUUCCUGGACUUUCAGAUCUGACAUUAGAGAUCUCUGGGGCCAACGGCACCCUGGCCGUUUCCCGCGGCCACGUGGAGCUCCGCGACCGCUUCGGCCACCCCGUGGCGCAGCUGAGGCCCGAGGCGCCCAGCGUGGCCUACGCGCUGCGCAGGGCGGCCAAAGGCGUGGUGGGAGAGGUGGCGGAGGACGUGAAGCCGGAGGAGGCUUUGAAGGACUUGCAGCUGGUGGAAGCAGUGCUGUCUCAUCAUGAACGGCUGGAACUUUGA